GGGACAGAGGCAUCUCUCAGAGUGAUCUGGGGAUGGGAGCCACCCCAGGGGGAUUUGGGGAGGACAGGGGAAUCCCUGAGGAGGACAGGCACGUCUCUCAGAGGGACUUAGGGGACAGGGAGACACUUCAGGGGACACGGGUGGACACAAAGAGCCUUCAGGGAGUCUUGAGGGGACACUGGGACACCCUCCAGAGAUGUCCCUGAGAGGGGACUCGGGCCACCCCCUCCUGCCUUGCUCCGUGCUGGGGUUGUUGUCACCCACCUGCUGUCACCCACCUGUCCGUGGGAGGCUCGGUGCCCUCCCCCACCUGCCCUGUGUCCCUCGUCCCCGGUGUCACCGCGGUGUCCCCGCAGAUGUCGCGUACCUGCGCUCUGUCCUGCCCAGCAGCACAGACGACGCCUUCUUCGACUACCUGGCCACGCUGGACGCCUCCGAGGUGACCGUCACCGCCAUCCCCGAGGGCUCCGUCGUCUUUCCCAGGGUGCCAUUCCUGCAGGUGAAGGGGCCGCUCCUGGUGGUGCAGCUGCUGGAGACCACCUUGCUCUGCCUGGUCAACUAUGCCAGCCUGGUGGCCACCAACGCUGCCAGAUUCCGCCUGCUGGCCGGCCCGGACAUGAAGCUGAUGGAGAUGGGGCUGCGCCGCGCGCAGGGCCCGGACGGAGCGCUGUCGGCAUCCCGAUACUCCUACAUCGGGGAGUGGGAUGAUGGAUGGGGAAUGGAACACUCCACCUGUUCCCACACUCCUGGCACCCUGGCUAAUGCCACAGGCUGUGCCAAUCCCACGUUCCCCUGGCAGGAGCUGCUGCCUCGGGCUGGAGGGGAUCCCGUGGACCUCGCAGGCCUGGCCGUGUCCUGGCUGCAGCGGGUCUGUGAGCUGUUCCAGACUCCUCCUGGCAAGGCCAACCAGGGCGAGCUGGCCGCCUUCGUGUCCUACGCUGCCACCUUCCCCUGUGACUUCCAGGGACUGCUGGACACCUAUUGUGUCAGGAGGAGUGGUUUGCCCAAUUUCUGUGCCGUGGCCUUGGCACUGCACCAGCUGGGCUACCAGGCCAUCGGAGUGCGCCUGGACAGCGGGGACCUGGCUCAGCAAUCCAAGGAAAUCCGGGCAGUGUUCCGAGCCUGCGGAGCUCACUUCCAGGUGCCCUGGUUUGGGACCAUCCCCAUCGCUGUCAGCAACGACAUCAGUGAGCAGAGCCUGGAGGAGUUCAGGAGGGAGGGGAGCGAGAUCGACAUGAUUGGCAUCGGGACCAACCUGGUGACGUGUCCCCUGCAGCCAUCCCUGGGCUGUGUCUACAAGCUGGUGGAGGUCAAUGGCUCCCCGUGCCUGAAGCUCACAGAGGAUGAGGAGAAGAUGACAAUCCCGGGGUUGAAGGCAAUCUAUCGGCUCUAUGACACUGCUGGUCAUCCCUUCAUGGACCUCAUGGCCCUGGAGGAGGAGCCGUCGCCCAGCGCGGGGCAGGAGCUGGGGAUCCGUGUCCUGGGGCAGCUUGAGGAGACCACCAGGGUCACUCCCAGCACUGUGGAGCCCCUCCAUCGCACCUACUUCAGGGAUGGCCAGGUGUGUGAGCCCCUGCCCAGCCUGCCCGAGGUGAGGACCCAUGCCCAGGUGUCCCUGAGCCUGCUCAGCCCCGCUCACCGCCGGCUCCAGGAGCCACAGCCCUACCCGGUGGCUGUGACGGAACGGCUGCACCGGCUCUUCCUGGAGCUGCGUCAGGGCAGCCGCUGAGGGGGGCCCUGCUCAUCCCCAGCUCCUGCUCUGCGCUUUUUUGGGAAGCCCAGGGGGCCUCAUUAGCAAUUAACAACUCUAAUUUAGACCUUUCUGCUGCUGAGGAAGCUGCAGGAACUGGGAGAGCGCCCUGGGGUCCCAGCAGGGAAGCUGGGAACACAGGGAUGGGGAAGGCAGAGCUGUCCCUGCAUCCCCUGGAAGUGACAGUCCUGUGCCCAACUUAGUGGCCCU